AUGACACAGUUGUUCCCCAGCCCUGGCGGGGCUGGCAGCAUGGUUCACUCCAGCAUGGGGGCUCCAGAAAUAAGAAUGUCUAAGCCCCUGGAGGCCGAGAAGCAAGGUCUGGACUCCCCGUCAGAGCACACAGACACCGAAAGAAAUGGACCGGACACUAACCAUCAGAACCCCCAGAAUAAGGCCUCCCCAUUCUCUGUGUCUCCAAUUGGUCCCAGCACCAAGGUGGGCAUUCUCUCUGGCCUCCACUUAACAUUCUGGGGUCCCGGACCCUGCCUCUCUCCCCCCCAGAUCAAGGCUGAAGACCCCAGUGGUGACUCAGCCCAAGCAGCACCCCCGCCCCCCCAGCCGGCUCAGCCACAUCUGCCCCAGGCCCAGCUCAUGCUGACGGGCAGUCAGUUAGCUGGGCUCACGGCCCUGAUGCCAGCUCAGCAGCAGCUACUCCUGCAGCAGGCCCAGGCCCAGCUGCUGGCCGCCGCCGUGCAGCAGUCCAGCGCCGCCGCUGCCGCCAACGCUGCCGCCGCUGCCGCUGCAUCCUCCUCCACCUCCUCCUCCUCCUCCUCUGCCUCUGCCUCCUCCUCCACCUCACAGCCCCCCACCUCCUCUGGGGGAGGCGACCUGCCACCACCACAGCCUGCCAGCCAGCCCCCAGGGACCCCACAGCUCACCUUGUCCCAGCCCAUCCAGCUCACAGCACAGGACAUACAGCAGCUCCUCCAGCUUCAGCAGCUGGUGCUUGUGCCAGGCCACCACCUCCAGCCACCUGCUCAGUUCCUGCUGCCACAGGCCCAGCAGAGUCAGCCAGGCCUGCUACCGACGCCAAAUCUAUUCCAGCUACCUCAGCAAACCCAGGGAGCUCUUCUGACCUCCCAGCCUCGGGCUGGGCUUCCCACACAGCCCCCUAAAUGCUUGGAGCCACCAUCCCACCCGGAGGAGCCCAGUGAUCUGGAGGAGCUGGAGCAGUUUGCCCGCACCUUCAAGCAACGCCGCAUCAAGCUGGGCUUCACGCAGGGUGAUGUGGGCCUGGCCAUGGGCAAGCUCUAUGGCAACGAUUUCAGCCAGACAACAAUUUCCCGCUUUGAAGCCCUCAACCUGAGCUUCAAGAACAUGUGCAAACUCAAGCCCCUCCUAGAGAAGUGGCUCAAUGAUGCAGAGACUAUGUCUGUAGACUCCAGCCUUCCCAGCCCCAACCAGCUGAGCAGCCCUAGCAUGGGUUUCGAUGGGCUGCCCGGCCGGAGACGCAAGAAGAGGACCAGCAUCGAGACAAAUGUCCGCUUCGCCUUAGAGAAGAGUUUUCUAGCGAACCAGAAGCCUACCUCAGAGGAGAUCCUGCUGAUUGCAGAGCAGCUGCACAUGGAGAAGGAAGUGAUCCGCGUCUGGUUCUGCAACCGGCGCCAGAAGGAGAAACGCAUCAACCCCUGCAGCGCGGCCCCCAUGCUGCCCAGCCCGGGAAAGCCCACCAGCUACAGCCCCCAUCUGGUCACACCUCAAGGGGGUGCAGGGACCUUACCAUUGUCCCAAGCUUCCAGCAGUCUGAGCACAACAGUUACUACCUUAUCCUCAGCCGUGGGGACACUCCACCCCAGCCGGACAGCUGGAGGGGGUGGGGGCGGGGGUGGGGCCGCGCCCCCCCUCAAUUCCAUCCCCUCUGUCACUCCCCCACCCCCAGCCACCACCACCAACAGCACAAACCCCAGCCCUCAAGGCGGCCACUCAGCAAUUGGCUUGUCAGGCCUGAGCCCCAGCACGGGAAGCACAAUGGUGGGGUUGAGCUCCGGGCUGGGUCCAGCCCUCAUGAGCAACAACCCUUUGGCCACUAUCCAAGCCCUGGCCUCUGGUGGAACCCUGCCCCUUACCAGCCUUGAUGGCAGCGGGAACCUGGUGCUGGGGGCGGCCAGCACAGCCCCAGGGAGCCCCGGUCUGGUGACCUCGCCACUCUUCUUGAACCAUGCGGGGCUGCCCCUGCUCAGCGCCCCCCCGGGUGUGGGCCUGGUCUCAGCAGCAGCUGCAGCUGUGGCAGCCUCCAUCUCCAGCAAGUCUCCUGGCCUCUCCUCCUCUUCUUCAUCCUCGUCCUCCUCCUCCACUUGCAGUGAGGCAGCAGCACAGACCCCUGGAGGUCCAGGGGGGCCCGAGGCAGGGUCCAAGCCCGAGUGAGGGCCCACCAUGCCUCCCCUCCCACACCUCUGACCCCCCACUUCUGUUCCCUGCCUGGAAGAGGGCAAGGAGGUCAGUGGUAGGGGUGUAGCGGGUCCUCGGAGCAAGAGUGACAAGGGAGGAAAGACCAAAAAUCCAACCAAAAAAAAAAAGGAAAGAAACCAACAAAAAAGAAAACCAAAAAUAAUCACAACAGAAACCAGCUGCCCCAAAGGAACCAGAGAUGAAACACAAAAAAACAAAAAACACACAAAAAAAAUCCCUCACAAAAAUCAAACAAACCAAAAAUCAGUUGUGAGCCAGAGUUCAUAAUGCUCACUCUCACGGCUACGACACCAAAUAAGAACCUCAGCCAGGAGCGGAGCAGCCUCCGGCAGGCCGGACCUCACACCGCCGCAGAGCCCUGGCUGUGGGGCCCACUCCUCACCUGCCUCCCCCCAAGAUGGGGGAACAGAGAAGGAAAAAAAAGAAUGUGCCAGCCUACUGGCUGCCCCAACCCUGAGCCAGCGGAGACAGGGCACAGCUUGGGGCAGAAGGCCCAGGGCCCAGAACCAUCUGCCAAAUGUCCUUUUCCAAAAGGUGAAAGAAAAAAAAGGGCCUGAACAACCUUACACCAAAUAUUCAGUAGCUUCAUCCAAAGGAUGUACAGAAUUUUUAGCGUUGUGCUCAACAGAAUGUGUCCCUACCAUACCUCCCCCCUUCCCUCUGGCCCCUAGCUCUCCACACCUGGGCAGGGGGUCUUGCUUUAACCUCCUUCCUCCCUCCUAGCUGGGGGAGAGUUCAGGGGGAAACCCCAGGGGUGACUUUCUGCCCCCUAUACCUUCCUCUUUCUUCCCUUUGACGGGUGAGCUAGGCCAUUUUGCCAAGUUCCAGUUCUCACAAGUCUCCCCCCCCCCCCCCCCCAGCCCUGUCACUCUCUUCCGCUCUGGAUCUCCCUCUUCCCCGGCCAAGGGGAAGGUACAGCUUUCAGACAAAAGGGGGAUGAGGGAUGAGGUGGGCGUUCAAGUUGUCUUUCUUUCCAUCCUGUCUGUUUCCCUGAAAAAAAAAAUUUCAUAUUCCAGUGCCUAUCCGUGGGAUCCUUCACGUUCUUUGACAUUAACCAGAAACCAAAAAUAUAACUCGCCUCAGCCCACCCUGUGCCCCUCUGACACUGGCAGAUGCCUCCCCCUCCCAUGCACACACGCACGCACCCAGUGGUGAGUUCAUUCAGAUGGCAUCCCUAUCAGGGUCCAUGUGGCGGGGACAGUGCCAUGACCUGUGGUCCCCAUCCAAGAGGGCGCUGUGGUGGCCACCAUUCCCAUGAGACCUCCACGAGGCUUGGCUGGACCCCGUGUUUGCCCAGCCCUGAACACAUCUCAGUGAUGGACAAAGGAGAGAUGUGCUGCUGGGAGCCACCUUGCCUCCUGCAAUUGUGGAGACCAACAAAGUUUUGAACCAAAAAACAAAAACAAAAAAACCACAAAAAAAACCCAGAAAACCAAACAAUAAGUUAAAACUAGAAAAAAAAAAAGAAUUUAUAGAUAUAUAUAGAGCUAUAUAUAUUAAAAGGGAAAGAAGACAAGAACCCUUGAAGAAUAAGAAGGAGCCGCAAGGUGGAGCCAAGCCCUGCACAGUGGUCCAGUCUCUUGGUCCCCAAGGCUACUGGAAGGAUGGAUGCUUCUUUCUCUUCACAAAUACCUCAUGGACGUCGUCUUCGGGAAAGCCGGAGGGAGGCGGCUGGGGCAGGACCUGUCCCUCAGCCAGGGUGGAUGGAAGCGGGUGGGUGGGGUUGAGAGAGGGUGUCAGGGACAAGGGUGAAGAACCCCAAACUUCCCGCCCCCCCCAACCAAUUGAAAAAGCUUUAAUAGAAAAAAAAAAAAAAGACAGGAACAAAAGUUAGGAAGCAAAAAAGAAUGGACAAAAGAAAACUAACAAUUUUAGGGUGGUUUGAUUCCCCCCUUGAUUUCUAUUCUCUUCCUCCUCUGUCUCUCCCCCCCACCCUUUCCAUUUCCUCUCUUCACCUUUCCUCUUCUCAUUUUUCUAUCCCUCUUCUCUUACUUCUCCCAAUCUCGAUCUUUCUGUGUCUCUCCUCAAACCAAAGUGUUGCUGUGAAGGACACGAGCCAUGGAAAUCAGAGUGGCCCUGCCCCUGGCUGGGCAGGUGCCAGAGGGAGGGGAGAGCCGGUGAUGGCUGAUGCCAGUAGCUUCCACACUGGACACUCUGGAGAGAGGCAGUUGGAGCCCUAGGCCUCAGCUUUUCUUCUGGUCUCCCUUCUCCCACCCAGGGAAACCAAACUGUUGGGCUGGGCCACAGAGGCAGCAGAGACUCCAGGGCUGCUGCAGGGGCCUGGGGUGCCUUGAUUGGGCAAUGGAAGAACGGCCCCUCCCACCUUGGGCCCGCCUCUCUGGAAUGGAAACAUCUCUCCUCACCAACUCCUGCGGCCCUUGCCCAACCUCUGAGAUUUGUCCAUUUCACUUUCCUGAAGAGAGGCUGGCAAGAGGGCCCCCCGGGCCCAGCUCGAGGGCGGAGAGGGGGCCCAAGGGCUCCUGACCAGAUAGGAAAGACAUUUGAGCAAAGCAAAAUGAGAGCAAUUACGACCAAAAACCCCCUCUGAGAAGACAGGCAGCAUGGAAGGCAUGGUGGAGAUGACUCAAACAAAAACUAUGAUCUAGACCAAAAAAGAAAAAAAAAAAAACAAAAAAACAAAAAACAAAAAAACAAAAAAAAAAAAAAAAAAAAAGGAAAAAGAAAAAAAAAAAAAAAGGAAAGAAUAUCCAGGACUCACCACCACCCACUUCAUCCUGCUUCUUCCCAUCCAGUCCCAUCGCCUGGAUCCUCUCUCCACCCAUGUGGGAGGGUGGGGCAGAGAGGAGGAAGCAAGGACAGGGAUGGGGUGGAUCAGUUGGGGGUGAUGGGGAUCCCCCCAUCCAACCCCCACAACUGGGAAAAGGAAAAAAAAAUUCCUGGGAGGGGGAAAAAGAAAUAACCAAAUCCCAAGCUUUAACUACAGCUGUGAAACCAAAUAUUGGGAAGAGGGUGGGAGGGAGGGAGGGGCAGGUGAGCCCCAGGUCUCCCCCCUGGGCCCCUCUCCCCCGAGGACUCGAGAUAAGGCACCAAAUACCUCAUUGAACUUUAAUGUUAAAAAAAAAAAGGAAACCAAAUAUCGUUGGCUGGGGGCCAGCCAGGGCAAGGGGCUGGGGGGGCUGAAGGGAGCCAGGGCUGGGAAAGUGGUGGGAAAUCCUCUCCCCCACCCCCACCUGCCCCUUCCACUCCAGCCCUCCCCGUGUCAACUCCGGGAAACAAAACUAUCUCAUUGUUUUUAUUUUGUGGUCUGUACAGAGCCUAUGUCCGUGUGUCUGUGUGUGAGAGAGAGAGCGUUGGGAGGGCUGGGGAGCUUUGCGUGGGCAUGGGGAGGGAGACCCCAGGCCAGGCUUGGGCUAGCAUAGAUGUCGUCAGGUGGAGGCUCAGGGGCCUGGGCUUAGAGAGAAGAGGUGAGUGGACUGGGACAAAAACUCCUUUUACCUUCUCCCUGACCUCCUACCCUAGUGGUGCGCCUACCAUACUGGUGGGCCUUUUAAUUGUGCCAAAAAAAUUAAAAUUUAAAAAAAAAAUGCCAGUAACUAAACCACUUCUCUCUGUUCCCUUCUGGGGGACAGGGUGGAGGGCUGAGGAGGAGGAGGGAUCUGGGUAGGGAUGGGGAUCCCAAGGCCCUGUGGAAGUCAGGGCCAAGAUCCAGAAGGAGAAGGUAUGAAUUUCCCACACAUCUCCUCCUCUGGGAAGGUCAAGAGCGUCUCCAAGCCAAAGCAUCCUGGGAAGAUCCUCAAGGAACUGGCCAGGUUGGGGUGACCUCUUGACCUGACCCAUUUUUCUCAUCCAGUCCACUCCUAGGGUGCCUCUCUCUUCCUCUAGGCCAGGGUAGGGGGACUGAGAGAGUGAGAUAGACAACAAGAUUGAGACACGCGGGCCCCACCUGUCUGAGUGGGAAAGGCAAGUGGGGGAGAUAAAGGCCUCCAAGAGAAAAAAGAAACAAACCAAAGAUUUAACCAUUAAAAACCCACAGACAACUCCGCUACCUUUUUAUACGUUGGGAAAAAAAGUGAAAAAAAAAAUAAAAAUAUUAAAAAAAAUUACACAAACUCCAAGCUGCAGUUCCUUCGUGCAGCUUAAACUUUGACCUCAGCAGUCUCCAAAGCAAGACGACGAUGACAAAGGUGGAAAAAAAAAAAAAAAGGAGAAAAAAGAAAAAAUAAUGUAUAUUUUUAAGUAUUUGUCCUUGAGAUGUUAGCUCCUUGCUAAACAAACCAAAAAAGAGGAGCAAAAA